AUGUCGCUGAUUCAGCAUGUUACACAGCAAGAGGGCACUGAUCGCGAGGAGGCGUUGGUAGAUUUGUUCUUACCGCCUGUCGACCGCCAGAUUAGCCGACAGGAUGCUGCGGAACGUCGGCUUUCUCUUGAAAGCGCGAUAUCGGGGGCUGGCUUUUUGAGCGCCCCGGGAAAGAGCGUGAGGAGAGUUAUCAGUUACGAUGUAAUACCGAAACCUGAUGAGCCCGUAGCGGGUGAGGAACCUGGAGGCUUGACGCCGUACAAGGUGCCGACAGGCAAACGUAUCGCACAGGUCAUCGCAACGGUUCUCGCGUGUUGGUUCGCUAGCGGUAUCGUCUUCGGCUUUGCAGCGUUGAAGCCAAUUCUUAUCAAGGAAGGCGUUUUCAGAAAUUUGUGCACACCCGAAGAGGUGGAUGCCGAUGUUGAAGUUUGUUUCGAGCAAGAUCUCCGAUUGAACUUCUUCUUUUCGCUGGCGUCAACGACCGCAAAUGUUUCUGCUUUACCAGUCGGCACCUUGCUUGAUCGCUAUGGGCCCAAGCUUUGCUUCCUUAUCGGUUCUUUCUGUCUCGCGGUCGGAAGUAUCCUAAUGAGUCUCGCUUUUCAGAUCGAGCAUUUUGACGGAUAUACAAUUGGAAACUUCUUCCUCGCCCUCGGAGGCACAUUUGUCUUCCUGCCCUCUUUCCAGAUUGCUAACGCCUUCCCCAAGUAUGCGGGUAGCAUCGUUGCGCUCGUCACUGGCGCAUUCGAUGCAUCGGCAGCAGUUUUCCUCUUCUACAGGCUUAUCUACGAUGCUAGCGACCGAACCUUCAAGCCUCAGACCUUCUUUCUAGUCUAUCUCAUCGUUCCGGCAACAAUCGUUAUCGCGCAACUGACCUUCUUACCAACGGAGAACUACAAGACUGAGGCACAGCUUGAGAUGAAGAUCCAAAGGGCUGAAGAUGCCAUGCGAGAUGUACAUUCUUCGGAUGACGAGUUACCCGACAACGAAAUCUGGAAGCGAAGGAAAGCCCGUAGCACACGUCGCAAGGAGCGAUUGAGCAAACUUGACGAACUGAUUGGCGAUGAAGCGGCACGUAAGAUUCGGGAGGAGAAGGCAGAGCAAAAACUAGAGAACUCCGGUGUCUGGGGCGCGCUGCACAACAAGUCUGCCAAAGAUCAGAUGUUGACGCCCUGGUUCAUACUGCUCACUCUUUUGACUGUCAUCCAGAUGGUGCGCAUGAACUACCAAAUCGCAACUAUUCGUGAACAGUACACCUACAUGCUUGGCUCCGUCGAACUAGCCGAGAAGGUCAACGAUUUCUUCGACGUUGCUUUGCCCCUCGCUGGAGUUAUCGCUACCCCAUUCCUCGGCGCUCUGCUUGAUAAUGUCAGCACGCCCGGCGUCCUCCUGAUCAUUGUUUUCAUGACCUCCGCUAUCGGCAUCAUCGGUUCUAUUUGUGCACUUUGGGCCGGAUAUGUCAACGUCAUCCUAUUUGUCUUCUUACGUCCGCUGUACUACUCAGCCAUGUCUGAUUACGCGACCAAGGUCUUUGGUUUCGCUACCUUCGGACGUGUUUACGGAACCAUCAUCUGCACGUCUGGUCUGGUCAAUCUGUCGCAGACUGCAGUCGAUGCCCUGACCAAGGGCACAUUUGGUGGCAAUCCAAUUCCCGUCAACAUCUUCCUGGCAGCUUCGGCGUUUGUUGUGGGCACGACACUAGUCACCUACGUUACGGUACAGGUCUACCGUAUGCGGAAGAGGUUGGACGAGGAAGAUGCGAUCACCGUUACCAACACCGAUGUUGGAUCAAUUAUGGAAAGCCUGCUCGAAGAGGACGAGCCGAGAUCCUACGGCACAGUCAACCGUCAGCGACAGCCAUGGGAAGUCUGA